AUGGGCGAAGGGGACUUGAAGCGGCUCUUGCGCUGCGCAUCCGUCGGACUCAAGUACCUCCACGCCAACCACCUCGUGCACCGCGACAUCAAGCCCGACAACCUCCUCUUGACGGACGACGGCCGCGAAUGCAAGCUGGCAGACCUUGGCGUCGCGCACUUCUUUCCGCCACCCACGUCGGUGCAAGGCGACGUAUCGACGGAGGGCGACGACGAUGACAAGGCCGCGGCGGGGUCUGCACCCGGCAUGCUCAUCAACACCAAAGGGACAUACGAGUUCAUGUCGCCCGAAGCUCUCUCGGGCGAAGAGUACUCCGGGUACGCGGCCGACAUCUGGGCACUCGGCGUCACCUUGUAUGCGCUUGCCGUGGGGCAACUUCCAUUCCAAGCACCGAGCAUCCUUGCGCUCUUUGAUGUGAUUGCGACUGCGCCGUUGACGUUUCCCACAGCCAGCGCCAUGUCGCCAUCGCUCACCGACUUGAUCACGCGCAUGUUGGCGAAAGACGUCGCGCAGCGCAUUACCUUGGAUGGCGUGCUUCUGCACCCGUGGCUCUCGACCGGCGCGACAAAGCAGUACCUCCACCAUUCCACCGUGGCCCUCGGCGAGGUGAGCAUCGAUGCUGCCGACAUGUCGGGCGCGGUCUCCCCGCUGCAGCUCAAGUUCAAUCAACUUCGGCAGAGCGCGACCGCAUCCGAGGACCUCGCCCUAUGGAGCGUCCUAUCGCCAGCGACAUCCUCUGCGAAAGCCCAUUCUACGAGCCCGUACACGCCGAGCCCCAUUGACAUUGCCAACGUGCCGUUGCCGCCGCGGCUUCGCGUUGAUAUUGCGUGGCUGGCGCAGCAGGUGCACUUUGCGUGGUGUACGACCAAGACGCUCGAGGGGUGGCGCGUGGGGCCCGAACGAAGCGAAGACAAGAAGAUCCACCCGCUCCUCGUUCCCUACCAGCACCUCGACGACGCUGCGAGAACUCGGAAUUUGGCGUCGGUCACGGCCUCGGUGCAGUGCAUAUUGGCCCUCGGCUAUGCGUUGCGAGCGCAAAAGACAUCGGCGCCAACGCGCUUGUUUCCGCUGUCGCUCGAGCGCAUCUCGCUCUCUGGCGACUUGGUCAUUCUCGGUGACCUGCUCGCAGAGAACGACCACGAGGUGUGGGCCCACGAGUACAUGGCGCUCGGGUGGAAGUAUGGCGCGACGUAUGACCCAGAGCGCAAGACGCACCCGUCGCUUGUGCCGUUUCCUGCGCUGCCGGCUGGUCAGCGCGAGGCGACACGCAACGCGGCGCUCGUUGUCAUCAAGAGCCUCGUCGCGCUUCAGUACUCGAUCCAGCACAACCACGCCAAGUACAACCACGAGUCGUCCAAUCAGCACGUCGAGCACGUGCGCUAAGGCAAGCACGACUUGAAUCGAUCUGCACCUCGUAACCCUAGCCCGCUUCACCAAUCCGAUAUCAGAUUUGCAG